AUGAAAGUAAUUUCUGCCACAAAGUUUAUUCUAUUUGCUUUGGCUACACUGGUCUUUCUAACAUCGAAGAGUAUAUGCCUAGAUGAACCAUUGAAGUUCAGUUUGCAAAGCAGAGAAGACAAUGAUAAAUAUUUUGAGAUUAAAGACAAUACCUUGGAAGAAAAGCAGAGGAGUCUCAAUUUUGAAGAAAUGAGAGACUGGGGAUCAAAAAAUAUAAUUAAAAUGAGCCCUCCGACAGUAAACAGGAUGCCAAAUUCAGUUACUAAUUUACCUCUUAGGUUUGGAAGAAAUUAUCCAGAAGAAAGAAGCAUUAAGCCAAUGGCUAAUUUGCCUCUGAGAUUUGGGAGAGCUUUUGGAGAGAACAUACCUAGGUGUGCUCCAAAGGUAUCACAGAGGCUUGGGAGAUAUCCACUUUUUAAAAGUUCCAAUCAAUCACCUUUAAAAUUGCUGCAGAAAUUUGGGAAGCCACUGCCUGUCAGACUGUCUCAAGAUGUUCAGGAAUCUGAACCAGGUAAUAUGACACAAGUGUUCAAACCAUAUAUUAAAAUGCAUAUUAAGUCAUAG